AUCUACAACAAAGCAGCACAUGGUAAAGAACUUAGAUGGGUAGCACGAAAAAUUUUCAUGGUAGCACCGGUCACUAGUUCGACAAAGAUAUUCUCAAGUUCACAAUUCUCUCUCUCUCUCUUCGAACUUCAAAUCUCACUUCCCUUCCAAUGCACUUCAUCUGGGAUCGUCAUCUCGCCAAAUUCUCACUGAUUCGGAUUGCAACGCUUCACCUUCCUUUCUCUAAUAAUACCUAACUGUUUUGCAACUCGCAGAUUUAUCGAAAACUCUGUUUGCUUUCUCAUAUCGUGUUAACGCUAUUGAUACUCCAGUCCAAACCCCAAAUUCAAUAGGAAAAAAGCUUGACUGUGAAAAGAAUAAUAAAAUAUGGUGGAAACCUUAACACCCACACCGAGUUCAUCAUCCUGGUGGCGGAGAUGUUGGGCCCCAUUUAUUCAUAAUUAUCAUCAUCGCCGUUGGACCUCCACAAUUACGAAUUUUUUAUCUACCCAUAAGACCUUCCUGAUCGCCCUUUGGUUGGCGUUCUUCUUCACUUUGUUUUACUGGCAGCGGGAUGCUGCAACCGGCGGACUCUUACUCUUCAGGAGGACACUUCCGACCCGAUCGCUACCCAAGCUUCGCCCUGUGUCGUUUAACUUGUCGGACUUUGGGGCUCUGGGCGAUGGGGUCACUGUCAAUACGGCGGCGUUUGAGCGGGCGGUGAGGGCCAUCUCGAGGCUCGGGAAGAAGGGUGGUGGGCAGCUUAAUGUGCCACCUGGGUAUUGGCUUACUGCACCUUUCAAUCUAACCAGCCAUAUGACUCUGUUCCUUGAUGAGGGUGCUGUUAUUCUCGGCAUCAAUGAUGAGAAGUAUUGGCCUCUGAUGCCUCCAUUGCCUUCGUAUGGGUAUGGAAGAGAGCAUCGUGGACCAAGAUAUGGAAGUUUAAUUCAUGGUCAACAUCUCAAAGAUGUUGUAAUUACAGGGCAUAACGGCACCAUUAACGGCCAGGGUCAAACGUGGUGGACGAAGUAUCGACAGAAGCUUCUUAACCACACCAGAGGACCGCUUGUGCAGAUUAUGUGGUCUAGGGAUAUUCUGAUAUCUAACAUAACAUUACGUGAUUCUCCCUUUUGGACUCUACAUCCCUAUGACUGCAAGAAUGUGACGAUUAGAAAUCUUACAAUUUUGGCACCCAUCUUUGAAGCUCCAAAUACUGAUGGCAUAGAUCCUGAUUCGUGCGAAGAUAUGGUAAUUGAGGACUGUUACAUAAGUGUCGGAGAUGAUGGUAUAGCAAUAAAGAGUGGCUGGGAUCAAUAUGGGAUAGCUUAUCGACAGCCUUCAGUGAAUAUAUUGAUCCGAAACCUUGUUAUUCGCUCCAUGGUCAGUGCAGGCGUAUCAAUAGGCAGUGAGAUGUCUGGUGGGGUGUCAAAUGUCACUGUGGAAAAUGUCCUCAUAUGGAGCUCAAGACGUGCUGUUCGGAUCAAGACAGCCCCUGGAAGAGGAGGAUAUGUUCGAAAUAUAAUUUAUAGGAAUCUGACAUUUGAUAAUGUUCGCGUGGGGAUCGUCAUCAAGACAGAUUACAACGAACAUCCAGAUGCAGCGUUUGACCCCAAGGCGUUUCCAAUACUGGAGGACAUAAGCUACAGUUCAAUACACGGAGAGGGAGUUCGUGUUCCAGUCCGUAUUCAAGGUAGUGAAGAAAUUCCUGUCAGGAAUGUCACUUUCUGGGAUAUGUCAGUAGGAAUUACAUAUAAAAAGAAGCACAUAUUCCAGUGUGCUUUUGUUGAAGGUCGUGUUAUAGGGACCAUAUUCCCAGCUCCCUGUGAGAACCUCGAUCUGUACGACGAGCAAGGGCACCUGAUAAAAAAAUCGACCUCUCAAAAUGCAUCAGAUAUAGAUUAUGAUUUUUGAUUGUGAUGGGGCCAGGGCAAUGUGCUGAGAUGAGUCAAUUUCAAUUUCCUUCUUCUGUAUUUUAUUUUAUUUUUUCUUUCACACGCCAUCUUCCUUUUUGUAACUUUUCUUCUUUACAUGCUUUGUAUAUACAGCAAAAUACAGUGCAAUCUACACAAGUAUGGUGCCUUUGAAUUAGAUUUUUAAGUUUUAGUUAAUCAGGAUGUUCAUAUCCUAGUUUUUGACCUUUGGCCAACCAUGACUUUUGCAUUUUGUAUUUUAUAUUCGCCCGGUUUCAGGAUACUGGUUCCGGUGGGAUGGAACUAUAAAUGUACAAGUGAAGUUUCAACUUA